CCUCCAUUUUCUCCCUCUUCUCAAGAUGCAGACUUUUCAUAGAUUUUUAAUUAAAGAAAGAUUUCUAAUCUUUCUUUUCUUUUUUUUUUUUUUUUUUAAAUCUCAAUUUUACCUAAAUGGGUAUUUGCAAUUCCAGUGAAUCCACCAACGUAGCUACUGCAAAGCUGAUCUUACAAGAUGGGAGGUUGCAAGAAUUUUCCUACCCUGUUAAGGUUUCUUAUGUUCGCCAAAAGAAUCCCACUUAUUUCAUCUGCAACGCCGAUGAAAUGGAGUAUGACGAUGUCGUUUCCGCCAUUAACGAUGAUGAAGAGCUCCAAUUGGGACAGCUUUAUUUCGCUUUGCCUUUGAGUCUGUUAAAGUACCCUUUACAGCCGGAGGAAAUGGCUGCAUUGGCUGUCAAAGCUAGCUCUGCGUUGAUGAAAAGUAAUACUGGUGGUGAGAAACGUGGGUGCCGCCGGAAGUCGGUGUCUCCUUUGUUGUAUUCCAGUGAGAGUGAUAGCAAAUCUAGCAUGAGAAAGAGAUCGUCCGCCGCAACUGGAGUAGGCGAUGUUGGAAGCAGAAGUGGCGGUGGUGGUGGAGGAGGAAGGAGAAAGUUUACAGCGAUGUUAAGUGCAAUACCCGAGUAGGGGUAGUUUAGGAAAAGCAGGGGGUACGAGUGUAAAUAUUGUAAUGAGGGAGGCCCAUAGUUAAAGUUCCUCUGAUAAAUUGCUGUUUGUGAUUUGAUUA